CCGAAACGCAGAUUCUGACUCUCGUCAUCUUGCCCGUCUGAUUGGCUUCUGGGGUCACUUCUCGUUUUUGCUUGGCAUAAAGGCGAGAAUGAUUUGCACCGCGAGAGGCCUUCACCCUGUAGGUUUUAGCACAGAUGGCGUUCCUAUAGGCGGCAGAGAAAUAGAGCAAUCUAGUGUGCGAGGGCCUUUCCUCUCGGAUGACAUCAUGGUAACCAUAACCUUGCCACCUCUGAUCACCCGUCGUGAUAGCUACGCAAAUGUGGAACAGAUGAUACGCGCUACCACAUCUCUACAAGUGAGCGAGGAGGAUAGGACCAACAUACGAGCAGCUGCCUCGCAGUCGUGCCUCCUGUACCGGGUGAGUAGUCUCAUUGACAUCCAGGUGCUUGGUGUGGGCAAGAAGGUCUUCGUCUGCAUUGAUCGUGGUUCGAAGCAGCGAACGUUGUACUUGUGGCGACUCUGCAGGGGAGACCCGAUACACAUCCGCUUUGACCCACCGCACGCCCAGUCAAACGACCUGCUCAAGGUCUCUCGUCUCAUACUUCCACCAGAUGUUGUUAGGACCUUGCGAAUUCGUGGAACAGCAGGAGGUGCGCACUCAUGCAAAAUCGGAACCACGUGCAACAUCUUCGCAAACGACUGCACCUUCCAGCAGUGCAUGGACUUCAUGGGAAUCCUCUGUGACUCAGUGGCAGAAGAGCUGGGCGUGUCUACAGAAGAUGACCAAUUUGUUCCGGCGUUGAAAGCACGCGCGAAGGAUAUGGCGGCUGAGCUGAGCACGUUCUCUGGUACAAAGCGGUGGGCGAAAUUUGACUACGCAGCUAACUGGCUAGUAAAGAACUGGACCUUACUACAGGCAAUAGUAAACUACGAGCGGUUGAAGCUGGAGGGUUGUAGCGUCACGGAGUUCGAAGGAGGUCGCGUUGUCAGUCACGUAAGGGAGGAGGGCGGCGUUAUCGUGCUAGACGUCAGUGAUGAAGAUCUUCGUGUUGCCCGCCAAAUUCUGGACGAAGAGCGGCAGCACCAAGUGCACGAGGACCGUCUGAAAGAUGAAGGAUUCGGCAACGAGAGCUCUGACGAAGAGGCCGCGGCUGCUGUGGAUGCUGGUGGAAACUGGCAGGCAGAUGAAGGCAUAGUGCUUCCAGCGCAUGAAGAAGCGGCUUUUCCAGUCGCAGGCGCGCGCCCGCGAGUACAUCAAAAUGAGGAGAGGACGGCUGCUGAGAAAAAACGAGAGCAGCAGGCGCGGCAAAGGAGGGAUAAGAAGGAUGAAGACAAGGCGUUGUUUGCGGUCCUCUACCGUUUGUUGAACUGCCCCUACAGCAAGGCGAGAGUCUUCAUCUACGAGAAAUACGGGCGGCCGGCUUUGUACUUCCACGCAAUAGGCGUGGCAAUAUCGUGGCAGCACUUCCUCUCACACAAGAUCUACUACAGCGAGCACCCCAGCCUUUUAUCUGAGUUGGCUGGGACAUUCAAUAGCGAGAUUCCAGCAACGAUCUUGCGGAUGCAGCAGGACAUCCCUGUCGGGUGGAUUUCAGAAGUAAUUGGCUUGAUGGGAAUUGAGGUACUUCGGACGUAGAUCUAUGAAGUUUUGAAUCUCAUGCUGAUUGCUGUACUUGGAUUCUGUAUCUAA